AUGGCAGAAUCCCUUUUAACGCCCCAGAAGCGGGUGCUUGGUGAUUCCACGAAAACUCGCGGGAACCUUCGACCGAUAUCGCCCAACGCGACUAAGAAGCGGAAGCUCGAUUCUCAACCCGAUGUUCUUACGAAACCUCAUUUGCAGCCAGACUUUCGAAAACGCAUCACCCCGGCAUCCAGUCAAUCGCAACAAAAGAGCCAGUUUGUCGAAGAGGUCCUGGAGAAAUUAACACAGGACAUAAGUGAUCUUAAAGAGUCCAAUGCAGAAAAGGAUCAACAAUGGAGGCGCCCGAGCCUUGGUGGCUUUGACCCAGCUAAGGAUUCUCUUUGCUUUCAGCAGAUUGAAGCCGAAGAAGGAAUACUAGAUCGCAGUGGAACCGCAGUAAAGCUAUUUGGAGUUACGGAGGCUGGUCACUCCGUUCUUUUACAUGUAACCGAUUUUAAGCACUAUUUGUAUGUGGCGGCGCCCGUAUCCUUCGAACAGUCGGAUUGCGCGGCUUUUCAGUCCUACCUUGAAUCCCAACUAGCGAUGCACCAGCCUGCUAUACACUCGGUGCGGAUGGUAUUAAAAGAAAACCUUUUUGGCUUUCAGGGUAAUCAGCGAAACCCAUAUCUCCAGAUUACUGUGACCGACCCGAAACAUAUCCAUAGACUCCGAUCGAUAAUCGAAAAUGGAAACGCAAAUUUUAGGGGGCUUUGGAAGGUUGCUGGUACAGAUGGUAUUCUUACUUUCGAUAAUAUCCAAUAUAUCUUGCGAUUUAUGAUCGAUACUGGGAUCUCCGGAAUGUCGUGGGUUGAAGUUCCUCCAUCUAAGUAUGACAUGCUUCCUCCUAAUCGUCGUCAAUCGAACUGCCAAAUAGAAGCAGCUGUACAUUAUCGCGACCUGAUAGCUCAUCCGCACGACGGUGAAUGGGCAAAAAUGGCACCAUUAAGAGUUUUGUCCUUUGAUAUUGAAUGUGCCGGCCGGAAAGGUAUUUUCCCUGAGCCACAAGUCGACCCAGUGAUCCAAAUUGCGAACAUUGUUACCCGGUAUGGAGACUCCAAGCCCUUCGUCCGAAACGUAUUUGUCUUGGAUACUUGCAGCUCGAUAGUCAAUACUCAGGUUCUUGAAUUCAAUGAUGAAGCAAAAAUGCUGAAUGCUUGGAGAGAUUUUCUGGAAGAGGUUGACCCAGAUGUAAUCAUUGGAUACAACAUUGCGAACUUCGACUUCCCAUACUUACUUGAGCGUGCCCAACACCUCAAAUGCAACAAAUUUCCGUUCUGGACAAGGCUCAAAAACACCAUUUCACAAUCAAAAGAUACCAACUUUUCAAGCAAACAGAUGGGUAACAGGGAUACCAAAGCGACCAAUACUAAUGGAAGGAUUCAGCUUGACCUUCUUCAAUUGAUUCAACGUGAUCAUCAGCUCCGGAGCUACACGUUGAACUCCGUUUGUUCCCAUUUUCUUGGGGAACAAAAGGAAGAUGUUCAUCACACUAUGAUCACCGAGCUAUUCAACGGUACGCCGGAUUCGAGGCGACGUUUAGCAGUGUAUUGUUUAAAAGAUGCGUAUCUUCCACAGCGCCUUAUGGACAAGCUCAUGUGUCUGGUAAAUUAUACUGAGAUGGCUAGAGUCACUGGUGUUCCGUUUAAUUAUUUACUAUCUCGAGGACAACAAGUCAAAUUCAUCUCUCAACUCUUCCGGAAAGCGUUAGAACAAAAGCUGGUCAUCCCAAAUAUCCGAAAUGAAAUUGGCGAGGAGCAAUAUGAGGGUGCGACUGUCAUUGAGCCUGUCAAGGGCUAUUAUGAUGUACCAAUUGCUACACUCGACUUUGCCUCUCUGUACCCCAGUAUUAUUCAGGCGCAUAAUCUUUGCUAUACAACUCUCUUAAACAAGACAAGUGUGGAAAAACUUAAACUAGAGAAAGGUGAAGAUUAUAUUGUCACGCCCAAUGGUGACAUGUUUUGUACUGCGAAAGUGCGAAAAGGCCUUUUAAGUCAAAUUUUGGAAGAGCUGCUCUCGGCCAGAAAACGUGCCAAAAAAGAUCUUGCUACAGAGACGGAUCCUUUUAAGAAGGCUGUUUUGAACGGACGACAGUUAGCUCUCAAGAUUAGUGCCAACAGUGUUUACGGUAUUACGGGUGCUAGUAACGGAAAACUCCCCUGCUUAGCUAUUGCUAGUAGCACGACAUCAUAUGGCCGACAAAUGAUUGAGAAAACCAAAGAUGAAGUGGAGGCGCGUUACACAAUUGCGAAUGGAUAUGCUCAUGAUGCAAAAGUUAUAUAUGGCGACACUGAUUCUGUGAUGGUAAAAUUUGGCGUUCAGGAUUUGCCUGAAGCUAUGAAGCUUGGACAAGAGGCCGCCGAUUUUGUCUCAUCGAAAUUUUUGAAGCCAAUCAAGCUCGAAUUUGAAAAGGUCUAUUUUCCAUAUCUUCUAAUUAACAAGAAACGAUAUGCAGGUCUCUACUGGACCAAUACGGAAAAGCACGAUAAAAUGGAUAGUAAAGGUAUCGAAACUGUCCGUCGAGACAACUGCCGCUUGGUUCAAACUGUCAUUGAAACCGUGCUUAAAAAGAUCUUGAUCGACAGAGAUGUCGGUGGGGCGCAGAGAUAUGUUAUGGAUACCAUCUCCGACUUGCUUCAGAACAAAGUGGACAUGUCGAAGCUUGUCAUCACGAAAGCGCUUUCUAAAUCGGGUUACAAAGCCAAACAGGCCCAUGUUGAAUUAGCGGAGCGCAUGAGAAAGCGCGAUGCUGGCUCAGCACCCACACUUGGCGAUCGUGUUGCCUAUGUUAUCAUCAAAGGUGCUGGAGGCUCCAAAAAUUAUGAAAAGUCUGAGGAUCCCAUUUAUGUCCUUGAAAAUAAUAUCCCUAUCGAUACAAGAUAUUACCUUGACAACCAGCUUGCAAAGCCACUUGCUAGGAUUUUUGAUCCUAUUCUUGGCGAGAAAAAGGCGUCCCAGCUACUCGCCGGUGAACAUACGCGAUCAAUAUCGGUUGCUGCACCUACUCUGGGGGGUUUAAUGAAAUUCGCGAAGAAAACGCAAACCUGCAUGGGCUGUAAAAAGCCACUUGUGGGAAAAGAUGAGAAACCUGGCGCUGUCUGUGACAACUGCCGACCUCGACUUGGUGAAUUGUACAACAAGACACUAAAUAGAGUGUCCGAUUUAGAGGUACGCUUUGGCCGACUGUGGACUCAAUGCCAAAGGUGCCAGGGGAGUCUACACUGCGAGGUCAUCUGCUCGAGUAGAGAUUGCCCUAUUUUUUACAUGAGAAUGAAGGCAAAGAAGGAUGUGGAAGAUUCGGAAAGAGAACUAGCGAGGUUUGAUCAUGAUCCAGGUGCUUGGUAA